AUGGUAACCACCCAGCAGCAGAACACGGCGAUAAUGGGCCAACAGCAAAUACAACAUCAAGAUCCUCGGAAAGGACUUUCUCUUUCGGUUAUCGAUCUGAGUAUCCCUAAGGAUAAGGAACCAGAGCCGACGGCUGACAGCCCAAAGCAAGAGAAUGCGGAAAAACCUUCUAGUUCACCGCCAGUAGAACCAGCGAUCAAAUUACUCCGCCCGGCGGAUGCAAGUUUGCUAAUUAAACUUAUUCGCAAAGGUCUAGUAGAAUCAAAGCUGGAUCUGGGGGUGAAGGAUCCUUCUUCGCCGCUAUACUUGGUUAAAACUUUCGAAGCUUUGCACAUGAAUUCGGAACUGCUUCAGGGAGUCUAUGCUAUGGGUUUCAACGCUCCUUCCAAGAUUCAGAAGACGGCUCAUCCUACUCUGUUGGCCGAUCCACCACAGAACAUAAUCGCCCAGAGUUGGUCGGGAACAAGAAAAACCACUGCCUUCGUACUGGCAAUGCUCAAUCGAGUCAAUCCGUUGAAAAACUAUCCGCAGGUGAUUUGCCUUUCCCCACCCACGUACGAGCGGGAGGUGAUGGGAUUCGUCCAGUACAUCGUAACCAAUCCGAUCAUGAUUCUUCUGGUGCGGGAGCAAGAAUCACUCGAUAACACCAAACACUACUACGUCAAAUGCCGCAACCAGGACGAGAAAUAUCAAGCAAUUUCAAACAUGUACGGUGUGAUUACCGUCGGACAAGCGAUCAUUUUCAGUCAUAUGAUGUAUAGGACAGUUGCACGCAAAACGGCCGAUUGGUUGACCGGCAGGAUGUCCCAGGAUGGUCAUUCGGUAGCAGUACUGUCCGGUGAUCUAACGGUGGAGCAACGGUUGGAACGAACGUUUUGUCCAGGGGUUACCAUUGUCGUCAACUUCGACCUGCCGAUGGAUUAG